ACCAGCUUCCUGGUAAUUUCACUUAAAUCCAGAGCCACACUUGGUAACGGCUCAUGAAGCAGAUUUGAAACCCCAAACAGCAGCAUUGGACUCUCUGUGCUAACACACCCGGGGAGCCCACCAUGCAGUUCCUAGUCACGGUCAUCCUCACCCUGUGGGUCUCCUGGGCUCGUGGACAAGUGAAGCCCUGUGACUUUCCAGAAAUAAAACAUGGGGGCCUACAUAGGGAAGAAUCGUAUAGACCAUACUUCCCAGUAGCAGUAGGAAAAUGGUUUCACUAUUUCUGUGAUGACAACUAUGUGACUCCUUCACGAGGCAAGUGGGAUUACAUGACUUGCACACGAGAUGGCUGGACCCCGAAAGUGCCCUGCCGCAGUAUAUGCAAUUUCAAUUAUUUGGAAAACGGACAUCAUCCAAAAUCUGAACAAAAAUAUGUGCAGGGCACAUCUGUAAAUGUUAAUUGCUUUCCUGGCUACAUACUUCAAAAUGAGCAGACCACAAUGACCUGUACGGAGAAUGGCUGGCUCCCUCCUCCCAGAUGCAUCCGUGUCGAUCUCUCCUGUGGCAGCCCUCCCACAGUGCAAAAUGCCUCUAUUCCAAACGAGAUGCGCAGGUACCAACAUGGGGACACAGCACGUUAUGAAUGCAGGCACCCUUUGAGCCUCGUCGGGAAUGCAGAAGUGACAUGUCUAAGUGGGAAUUGGACAGACCCACCUGAGUGCAAGGAGUCCACAGGAAAAUGUGGGCCCCCUCCUGCUAUUGACAAUGGAGACAUUACCACGUAU